CAUGAGUUUGAACAUCAACUGAAUAUGGGUUGAAAAUGAUUUGCAAAUCAUUGUAUUCCGUUUAUAUUUACAUCUAACAAUUUCUCAACUCAUAUGGAAACGGGGUUUGUAUUUUAUUGCUACACUUUAAUGUAAUAAAAUGUAUGUUUAUUAUAUGUUCAAUUUACCGGCAGGCUUUACAGAUCCAUGCAUCAAGUGAACACAGAUAAAAAUCUAAUUAGUCUCAUUUUUUUCAGCAGUGAGUAAUUGCUUCAGGAAAACCAGCAGUACCAGGGCACCCAUAAAUCCACAUUGUGGCCCCAUAAUGAAGACAGCCGUAACCAGCGAAUCAUAAGUCACCCCCUUUUCUUUAUUUUUUUCUCUGGUACCCUAUUGGCUUGUCUGGCCUCCUGUGGGCAGCAGCGGCGAUGCAGAAGCAGCCCGCAGACCUCGUCAUCCACACUGGCUCCAAUACAAGGUGCGCUGAUCUUUUGCUCUUUAUUUCUUUUUUCUCUUUUUUGCUUUCUACCAUGCAGCUUCGACAUUUGCCAUCCGUGGCUCACGUCCCCUCCAUGGGUCGAGAUGAUGCCUCAUGAGGGAGACUGCAGCAUCGUGGACUCACCCUGCGACAAAGACUGAGUGACUUCACGGCCCCUAAAUGUAUUUUAUGGAGCAAAGGCUGCGGACCCUCCGUGUUCUGUGUGCGUACAAGCGACACAUGACUUGAUAAACAUGGGAAACAAGCAGACUAUUUUUACAGACGAGCAACUUGAUGCCUACCAGGAUUGUACUUUUUUCACCCGCAAAGAAAUCUUGCGGACGGGGACUAUGAAUGAGGUGGUUGUUUUCCCGAGAUGCAAGUGAACUUGGACCGGAGAUGGCGUGAAGGUUGCACGGUAGAUACCAUGAAUUGGCUCCUCAUCUCGUACCAAUGGACUACACCAAGGACCCUGAUUGUAAAUUACCUUUAGCUUUGAUAGUCAACAUGCCAGAGUUAAAGGAAAAUCCAUUCCGUAACAGGAUUGUUGAGUCUUUCUCAGAGGAUGGGAUGGGGAAUCUCAGCUUCAAUGAAUUUGUGGAUAUGUUCUCAGUCCUCAGUGAAAUGGCUCCACGGGAACUGAAGGCCAUUUACGCCUUCAAAAUAUAUGAUUUCAAUGUGGAUAAUUACCUUUGCAAAGAGGACCUGGAAAAAACUCUGAACAAGCUGACAAAGGAGGAGUUGACUCCUGAAGAGGUGCAGCUGGUGUGUGAGAAGACCAUCGAAGAGGCCGAUUUAGAUGGAGAUAAUAAACUCUCCUUUGCCGAUUUUGAAAAUAUGAUAUCAAGGGCUCCUGACUUCUUAAGUACCUUCCACAUACGAAUCUGAGAGGGCUCCACGGUGACGCCGAGCACAGUGCCUGUCUGCUACUCCGAAUCAUCCCGCCUGUCCUCGCCAGCGUCGUCUCCCCAGCUGUCCUCGCCUCUCCGACGUCUGCCCAGAUAAGAGCGCAAAACAGCGGAUGGAUGUAGAGUUCUCAGGAUGCUGGAUGUCUUGACGGACGAACCCACGUGACCACCACCAAUGAAAGGGCUCGGCCUGGGUUGGUCUGUUCGACGCGGGGGUUCAGCGGAACGUGACUGGCAAGAGCCUGGCAAGUGGAUUCGGGCUUCACGGCACGUUCGAUAAUGCAUAAAAAGUAAUCUACCUAUAUUGCACAUGUCAUAGCCCCACUUCCCAGAUACUCUAUCUAAUGCAGGGGUCACCAACGCAGUGCCCGCGGGCACCAGGUCGCCCGUAAGGACCAGAUGAGUCGCCCGCUGGCCUGUUCUAAAAAUAGCUCAAAUAGCAGCACUUACCAGUGAGCUGCCUCUAUUUUUUAAACGUUAUUUAUUUGCUAGCAAGCUGGGCUCGCUUUGCUCGACAUUUUUAAUUCUAAGAGAGACAAAACUCAAAUAGAAUUUGAAAAUCCAAGAAAAUAUUUUAAAGUCUUGGUCUUCACUUGUUUGAAUAAAUUUGUUUUAUUUUUUUACUUUGCUUCUUAUAACUUUCAGAAAGACAAUUUUAGAGAAGAAAUGCUACCUUAAAAAUGAUUUUCGGACUUUUAAACACAUACCUUUUUACCUUUUAAAUUCCUUCCUCUUCUUUCCUGACAAUUUAAAUCAAUGUUCAAGUAUUUGGCGGGGGCGGUAUAGCUCGGUUGGUAGAGCGGCCGUGCCAGCAACUUGAGGGUUGCAGGUUCGAUUCCCGCUUCCACCAUCCUAGUCACUGCUGUUGUGUCCUUGGGCAAGACACUUUACCCACGUGCUCCCAGUGCCACCCACACUGCUUUAAAUGUAGCUUAGAUAUUGGGUUUCACUAUGUAAAGCGUUUUGAGUCACUAGAGAAAAGCGCUAUAUAAAUAUAAUUCACUUCACUAUUUUUUUCUUUAUUUUAAAGAAUAAUAAAUACAUUUUAAUUAAAUUCUUCAUCUUAGCUUCUGUUUUUUCGCCGAAGAAUAUUUGUGAAAUAUUUCUUCAAACUUAUUAUGAUUAAAAUUCAAAAAAAUUAUUCUGGCAAAUCUAGAAAAUCUGUAGAAUCAAAUUUAAAUCUUAUUUCAAAGUCUUUUGAAUUUCUUUUAAAAUUUUUGUUCUGGAAAGUGUAGAAGAAAUAAUGAUUUGUCUUUGUUAGAAAUAUAGCUUUGUCCAAUUUGUUAUAUAUGCUAACAAAAUGCAGAUUGGAUUUUAACCUAUUUAAAACAUGUCAUCAAAAUUCCUAAAUUAAUCUUAAUCAGGAAAAAUUACUAAUGAUGUCCCAUUAAUUCUUUUUUUUUAAUUUUUUCAACAAGAUUUGAAUUAGAUAGUUUUUCUCUUCUUUUUUUUCGGUUGAAUUUUGAAGAGUCGAAAUGAAAGUUUGUGUUAUGUUUCAAAAUUUUAUUUUCCUUUUUUUCCUGUUUUAUCCUCUUUUAAAUCGUUCAAUUGAGUGUUUUUUUCAUCAUUUACUUCCUACAAAAAACCUUCCGUAAAAGGAAAAAAAUGUACGACAGAAUGACAGACAGAAAUACCCAUUUUUUUAAUAUAUAUAGAUUUAUUUAUUAAAAGUAAAUUGAGCAAUUUGGCUAUUUCUGGCAAUUUAUUUAAGUGUGUAUCAAACUGGUAGCCCUUCGCAUGAAUGAGUACCCAAGAAGUAGCUCUUGGUUUCAAAAAGGUUGGUGACCCCUGCUCUAAUGAAUGACUGUUUAGCAUUAGCAUUGAGGGCGUAAAUGAGCUAUAUGCACUAUUUGUACUUGCAUGGUGAACCUCUGGCUCUUUGGCAGCGUAUUGCUUAUUUGAUGUUAUGGUUAUGCUCGUGGAACUGUAACAUAACGACAAUCAUACUUUAAUUUCCUCCAGCUAAGUGAAGGGCUAGCUUCCAUAUUCUGCCUUGGCCAUUAUUCUACCAUGAGGUGUUUGUGGCAGCCCUCCUUUGAAUAGACAUUUUUUCAAGUUUGCAUUAUUUGGAAUAAAUGUCCUCUCUG